GGUCCCAUUUUGUCAUCGCUUUAUGAGACGGGCUCACUCACCGGUCGAAUUAUUACCCGGACCAGAUGGUAACGACUGAUUCCUGCACGAUUACAACAUUAUCAAACUACUAGAAUUGCAGAUGAGAUAAAAACACUGUUUGUAUAGGAGAAAAGAAAAUCUCAUGGCAGCUGCACAAGAGCCUCUGGUUUUCACAGUUACCAGGCGUGCCCCUGAGCUGAUCCCUCCCGCAAAACCAACCCCGUUUGAGUACAAACUCCUCUCCGACAUCGAUGAUCAGGGGAGUCUCCGUUUCCGAGUCCCCGUCAUCUAUUUUUACCGGAAGAGAAAUGACAAAAUGGACCCUGUGGAAGUCAUCAGGGAGGCCAUUUCGAAAACUCUGGUGUUUUACUACCCGCUUGCUGGGAGGGUGAGAGAGGGCGCUGGCAGGAAGCUGGGAGUGGAAUGCACUGGAGAAGGUGUGAUGUUCAUUGAAGCUGAUGCUGAGGUUUCUAUUGAGGAGCUUGGAGGUGAUGCCAUUCAGCCGCCUUUUCCGUGUUUUGAGGAGCUUCUGUUUGAUGUACCUGGCUAUUCUGGAGUUCUUGAUUGUCCUAUUCUCCUUUUUCAGGUAACUCGACUCAAAUGUGGAGGAUUCAUAAUUGCUGUGCGUCUUAACCACACAGUGUCAGAUGCAGGUGGAAUUGCGCAAUUUAUGAAUGCUGUAGGUGAAAUUGCUAGAGGUGCAGAUUCCCCUUCUGUUCCUCCUGUGUGGCAAAGAGAAAUACUUAAUGCAAGGGAUCCCCCUCGUGUUACGUGCACACAUCAUGAGUAUGAUGAUGUGCCUGACAGGAAGGGAACCCUCAUCUCUGUCGGUAAUAUGGUCCAUCGUUCAUUCUUUUUUGGUCCUGCUGAGAUUCUGGUCCUCCGUCUAUUGGUUCCUUCUCACCUUAUCAAAUGUUCUACGUCUGAGUUGCUCACUGCUUGCUUAUGGCGGUGUCGCACUCGUGCCCUGCAGUUUGACCCUGAAGAGGAGGUGCGCCUGCUCUAUAAUAUCAAUGCACGUGGAAAAUUUAAUCCUCCCUUGCCUAAGGGAUACUAUGGAAAUGCAUUUGCAUUCCCUGCAGCUGUGACGACAGCUAGAAAGCUGUGUCAGAAUCCAAUUGGAUAUGCAUUGGAGCUUGUUAAGAAAAUUAAAAAAGAUUUUAGUGAAGAGUAUAUGAGAUCUGUCGCAGACCUAAUGGUUUUGAAAGGACGACCCCCCUCCACAGCUGUGCGAAUAUUUCAUGUGUCUGACGUGACACGUUCAGGAUUAGGAGACGCUGAUUUUGGUUGGGGAAGACCUGUUUACGCUGGUGCAGCCAGAGGUGGGGUGGGUAACAGACCUGUGGCGGCAACCUUUUACGUAUCAUGCAAGAACAAGAAGGGUGAGAAUGGAAUUGCUGUGACAGUUUCCCUGCAAGCGUCUGUAAUGGAAAAGUUUGCAGCAGAACUCGACCACUUGUUGAAGAACAAUGACCAACUGGUCAUCAAUAAUACUUCAAUUCCUACCAAAUCAGCCCUCUAGAUUUUUCUUGGCCUUGUUUGGUAAAGGGGAUUUAAACUAUCGGCUAAAAAUAAAUAAGGCGAUUCUUGUAGUAAUUCUAUGUCUGUAAACUAUCUACCUAUCUCCUAAUUAUGGGGUGAAUAAUUAUAUGAAGACAAUGGUACAAGCUAGUUUUGGACCAAUGAAUUGAUUAAAGGUCAGGCUGUCUUAACUUGA